AUGUUCUCUUGUGCGUAUUUUGCCUCACACAGGUUCGGCUUUCGUAUGGAACGUCAGCGAACGGUGGAUCGUGUUGUGGACACUCGAAUCGAUCUUCUGGAAUGGGAUUCACCACCGACGACAAAGGAAGACUGUGCGGCUUGUCGUGCACUCGAUUGCGACAUAAUCUUCGCAUUAUUGUUCACCAUGGUUAUCGCUUGCUUACUGGUGUUGAUCAUGAUAUUCUGGCUCAAAGGAGUACUACAAUACGAGGAAAGCACUUUAGAAUGUGAUCGUGUUUUUGACGAGAAGAAUCCUAAAGGUGAAUUUCAAUUUCCACUUUUACCAAAGGAACCUACCGAUAAUUCUAUAGAGAAAAAUAUGACGUUGCCGCGAAAUUUACAGUGUGUAUACACGUUUGUCGCGGGACAGAGGCAACGUGUCAAAUUAGAAUUCGAACAUUUCCAUCUGGCCGGCAGCUCAGACAGUUGCGAAAUUGAGUAUCUAGAUAUUUAUUCGGAACUCGAGCGUGUUGAAUAUGACCUUUUAUCGGCUUCACUCGGUGGCCGAUAUUGUGGUACUGUUUCCCCACACCGAAAGUUCGGAUUCCGUGGGAAAUACUCAUUCAUACCAGAUACUAUAUAUCAGCCUGGCACGCCGCUUAGCGAUGACGACGGAUGCAGUUUUAUCAUCGAUGCCUCGAAACGAAAGAAAGGUGCCAUUUACUCACCAACGUAUCCUGGCACUUACCCAAAAAAUUUCCAUUGCUCAUAUCUACUCACUGGAAGAACCGGCCAACGUAUUCGGUUAUUUUUCCGUGAUUUCGAUAUCUUCUUUGGUGGUGAACACUGUCCAUAUGACUCGUUAACGGUAUUCGACGGUCCAAUAACAAUUUCACCAAUAAUCAAAAAGGUCUGUGGUUUACAACAACGAAUGGAACUGUAUUCAGUUGGACCGGAACUUCUUAUACAUUUUAACACUACUAAUCCGGCUAAAGGUGAUCCACGAGGAUAUGUGAUCGAGUACGAGUUUUCGACUCGUUUUGUUGACGUGACACAACUGUUGCAUGGACAAAAGGGUGUCACACAUAUGCGUGGUACAGAAUGCGAUGUGAGAGUGGAGAGUAAUCGAGAGACUAGUCAUUAUAUCUACUCACCUAAGAAUCUGGAGAAGGUUAUCCUGACAUUUGAGGAAUUCGCUGUACUUUCAGAUGAUCACAGUAUGGCCGCCACUAGUUCACCCAACAUAGACGACAUUGCCUGUCCGGUUGCGUGGGUUGGAGUCGCCAUAUCGGAUUCCACAAUGAGAGCAACACUUUCAUCUACUGAUGAGAGCAAUUUCGAUGCUACACUCUGCGAACGAAUACCAUCCACUUCACCACUAAUGGGGCCUUAUGUGAGUGCUGGUCCACGUAUGGUCGUCCAAUUUGGUACCACCGACAAACUCAUCACUGAUGGCUUACGACCGUAUGGAUUUAAAGCCAAAGUGGAUUUCAAAACAGAUUUUGGUGUCGCUGGUGAAUCAUUAGGAACGUCAAACGAAUGUCUGUUUCGAUUCCGAAAUCCAAUGGGUUUCUUCAACAGCCCUAGAUAUCCGGCAAAUUAUCCUCUUGACACGAAUUGCACGUACUUCAUUGAGGGCCGCGUGGGCCAGCAAAUUCUCAUUCAUUUCGAGCAGUUUGCCUUAUUUGGAGAGAAAGAAGAAGAUCGAUGUAAUGAUUGGCUCGAAAUCUACGACGUAUUCCAAAAUGGCGAUGAAGAACAACUCGUUUUACAAGAACGCUAUUGUUCGGAUACGUUUCCUGGUCCAACCGUGUCAGCAUUCGGUGCACAUUCUAUGCGUGUUGUGUUCAGUUCAGAUUCAUCCGGUACUGGAAACGAGACAACAGAACCACGUGGAGAAGGUGCUUACCGAUGUGGGCGACGAAUUAGAGCCAGCGAAAGAACACCUACCGGAUAUGUGAUGUCACCGAACUAUCCGAUCAAAUAUAAUAAGGAUGUGCAUUGCGACUGGGAAAUCAUUGCACGUGAUGGGCACAAGAUUCUGCUUACAAUGGAAAAGAUGGAAAUCGAAGGUGAAAUGGCCGCAAGAACAGCCAGCUGUCAAAAGGCAGUGAUUCGAGUAUCCGGGGCGCCUCGGCCAGAGUACUGUGGAACUGAUCGAAGCGUCUUUACGCCAAUUGUUACCAGAAACAAUUCAGUGCGAAUCAGCUUCCUAACAAGCCCGGACAAAGUGAACGGUUUGAAGGGAUUCAAUAUGAGCUGGACCGAAGUGCGCGAAGUAAAAGAUAUGAAUGAAUGCUCGUCUUCAUCUGAGUACAUGUGCACGUACACAAAACUGUGUAUCAGUUCAAUGCUAAGAUGUAACGGUGAUGCAAAUUGUGGAUAUCAAGACGACACCGAUGAAAUUCACUGUGGGCUCAGUGCACGACGAGAGAGUAGCACCGAUAAGACAAUCGUCAUCGCCGGUGUGUUCUGCGGUGGUAUAUUUCUAUUUAUCUGUUCUUUCUUUUGCUAUCUAUUCAAAUCAAAGCUGGAACGUAAGAAGAAACGUCAACGCAAUCGCGGCUCGCGAUACCGUCAACGGCAACCGUUCCGAUCACAGAAACCCGUCGGAAAGUCGAUUGGUGACUCCGAACUGCCAUCACCGGCGACAUCACGAUUCGUACAUCAUGACGCAACCGGCAUUCUGCCUCCUAUCACGCUGCAUCCGGUAACUGAUCAAGUCCAAACAUUCUACGGAUGA